GUCUUUGUCUCCAAGUUCUAAUUCCUCUCGGUCGCGUCCAUUUACCAGUCCGACUCGAACGAAACAAUCACUCUUGAUGUCAUGGAGGACGCAGUUCGACCAGACAGGGAGGCUUUCAAAACCACCUACGAGAAAGCAUACCGGACUUGGUCCAAUAUACACGAUCUAGCGAUCACAGAUUUCAAUCUGCCCCGAAACUGUCUCGAGCAACUAGAGACGGCAUUCCCAGCCCAUCCGCAUUUUCCCGAAGACAUCGAAAUUGAUGGCUUUUUCUCAAAUACAGCUACUGUCAGAGGAAGAGCCGUAUGGAAAACCACUUCUGGGUCCUGUGAUACACCAAUUUUUCACGAUGAAGUUCUCUUUCAAGUCGCGUCAGAUCGCCCUACGGUUGUUGAAAUAUCCAAUUCCCACCCACUAUCCAUCUUUGAGCAGUGGCAUGGCGAAGAGGGCAAUCAUAUUACUGUGCUCAUACUCGCCUGGGCCUACAUUCUCUCCGCGCGUUGGGCCGAGAUCAUUCCUGGAGCGUCUGGUCCUGAGUACGACAGCUGUACGACGGCCUGGGCUGACAAUUAUCUUCCAUGUUCGAAUGACACAUUACUGCCUCUGGCGAUGGUAGAUGUUGGCGACGUUGAUGACGAUGCUGCCCGCUGGUGGGCAGCGGUCCUCGCCCCGAGCGGUGGCUGGAGCGCUUGGAUUCGGAAUGCUAAAGGCCAGCUGCUUUUCUCACCAUGGUCCACGAAAUUAUCGACGUCCCGCCGUGUCAAUUUGCAACGUGGCACGAGGCCUUGUGUGCGACAACAUCAGGCCCAGAGCGGCGCGGCGUCGUAUAUGGCCGCCCUACGCUAUCUGCGCGAUUACUGCGAUCAUCACGGGGUUGCGCAUCAGAGUUAUGAAGCUUUGGCUGCAGCUUUGUUCCUUUCUUUGGCAAAGUUCGACAACAGACGAGUUCAAUUACCUAUUCCCCGAGUUUGCCAUCAACGAGAAUCUAUGGAGAAGCCUGCCGUUUCGCCUCCCCUGUUUAGUGGGAAUCUUCCCCAACUCGACAAACUUCUCACUUUGAGCUGCAAUGUCAUCGGUAUCAAGGCACUCCUCAGUAGCGUAUUUUUCGAGCCUGGCGUGCUAUGCAAUAUAUCCGGUGCGUGGCUUCAGGGCACGUUCGCAUAUUUGGACUCGGAAGCUGUGCGAGAACCGCGAACUCUUGUCCGCGUCUUGAUGAAACGGGAUCCCGACCUCGGAUUUCUCUGGUUAGGCGCUUUCCUUACCGGAGGACACAGUCGGACUUUACAAGAGGCCCGCCAGGGCUGGUGGAAAGUCGAUCUGCACGUAGCAGCAUGGACAGGAACUCAUUUGUCGUUCAUACAAGAACCAGUUCCGAUUCUGCCAACUGACGUGGAAGAGAUAUCUCGCGCUGACGAAUGUCGGCUUCUAUACCUCUCCCAUGGCCAAUCCUACGAUGUUGCGCCUCUUUUCCCCUUCGCCCCUUUUGGCCUCACCGCAAUCGGGGAUACUAACCUCGAAGUACGCCAACAUACGCGAUGUCAGUUCCCUCACGCUCUUGCAUACGAAGGACUCAGUUGGCAAAGCCGUGAGGGCAAGUGGACGGGGUUUCAAAAGCCCAUGGUUCCCUUGUCGUUGCGGCCCAAGUACGGACAGCCGGGCGACAGCCUAGUAACCGUCAUGUACGAUAAUCUCGACUUUGACGACGACUGCUCGGAGAUGAUGACAAGAAGCAUCUUUACUUGGCUAAGAGAAGAAGACGGAUUUCCUGUGGCUGAGAGGGAUAUCCGGGAACAUGAAUGGAUUGAAAAUUUGGUGGACUCGGAUGACGGUGAUUGCCUGAUCACAGGCGAAUCCCGAUCAGCAGCUAUUUCACUUUUACAGCCUUGAACGUCAGAAUGACAUUCGUACGACCGGGUUUGCUGCCGAGGGAGGAAAUCAUAGCGACAUAUGUAAGGAUUGACAAGGAGUUGGGCUGAUAUC